AUGGUGUCAACGUCAGGCUGCAGCGGUGUCUGGAACUUUUCUUCUAUACGUGUUACACGUAUCAAUUUCUCAGACGUGUCAGCUAAUGUCUGCAAUGCGCUGAGACCGAAGAUGUCUUCUGGCGCAACCACCGCCAUCACCACGUCGACUACCGCAUUACGUCACGCCCACGCUCCACGCGCAUCCUCACUUCGACUUCGAUCGAUUUAUCGAGUGAUCAACGGCGAAAAUGCGAUAAUGGCUAGAGCAGACAAGCGUGACUCGUAUUCAGUCGAUUGUGUGACGGAAGAAAAAAACGAAGACGACAAAGAAGUUCGAUCAGUCUAG